CUGCCGGGCACCUCUCCCUAGAGCUGUGAAUUGCCCGGCUUUCUGUUUGCUCCUCUGGAAAUGCAUCGACUGUUGACUCCAGUGAAGCGGGUCUUUCAAGUGAAAAGAGUGCUUCAAGAAGCUUCGCUCGCCCCUGCUCGCAUCCUGCCAGCAGCCUACCAAAGGUUUUCUACAGUCUCUGCUGUGCCCUUGGCCAAAACAGAUAUUUGGCCAAAGGAUGUGGGCAUCCUUGCCCUGGAGGUCUACUUCCCAGCACAAUAUGUGGACCAAACUGACCUGGAGAAGUAUAACAAUGUGGAAGUGGGAAAGUACACAGUGGGCUUGGGCCAGACCCAAAUGGGCUUCUGCUCAGUCCAGGAGGACAUCAACUCCCUGUGCCUAACGGUGGUGCAGCAGCUGAUGGAGCGCACACAGCUCCCAUGGGACUCCGUGGGCCGGCUGGAAGUGGGCACCGAGACCAUCAUUGACAAGUCCAAGGCUGUCAAAACAGUACUCAUGGAGCUCUUCCAGGAUUCCGGGAACACCGACAUCGAGGGCAUAGAUACCACCAAUGCCUGCUACGGUGGCACUGCCUCCCUCUUCAAUGCUGCCAACUGGAUAGAGUCCAGCUCCUGGGAUGGUCGCUAUGCACUGGUGGUCUGUGGGGACAUUGCGGUCUACGCGAGUGGUAGCGCUCGCCCCACCGGAGGGGCCGGAGCUGCGGCGAUGCUGGUUGGACCCAAUGCUCCGCUGGCCCUUGAGAGAGGGCUCAGGGGAACCCACAUGGAGAACGUAUACGACUUCUACAAACCAGACCUGGCCUCAGAGUACCCGAUGGUGGAUGGGAAGCUCUCCAUCCAGUGCUAUUUCCGGGCCUUGGAUCGAUGUUACGCAUUUUACCGCCAAAAAAUCCAGAAGCAGUGGAAGGAAGCUGGCAUUGAUCAACCUUUCACCCUAAAAGAUUUCCAGUUUAUGAUUUUUCAUACACCCUUCUGCAAGUUGGUCCAGAAAUCCCUGGCACGCCUGAUGUUCAAUGACUUCCUGUCAGCCAGCAGUGACACACAAGCCAGCCUCUACAAGGGGCUGGAGGCCUUCAGGGAGCUAAAGCUGGAAGACACCUACACCAACAGGGAUGUGGAUGCCGCAUUUCUCAAGGCCUCACUUGACACCUUCAACCAGAAAACCAAAGCCUCCCUUUACCUCUCCGCGCACAACGGAAACAUGUACACCUCGUCCCUGUACGGGUGCCUGGCCUCCCUUCUGUCCCAGCACUCUGCCCAAGACUUAGCUGGCUCCAGGAUUGGUGCCUUCUCUUAUGGUUCUGGCUUGGCAGCAAGUUUAUUUUCACUUCGAGUGUCCCAGGAUGCUUCUCCAGGCUCCCCACUAGAGAAGCUGGUGUCUAGUGUAUCAGACCUACCAAACCGCCUUGCUUCCCGGAAACGAAUGUCUGCUGAGGAGUUCACAGAAGUAAUGAACCAGAGGGAGCGUUUCUGUCACAAAGUGGAUUUCUCACCACCUGGUGACAUAAACAACCUUUUCCCAGGCACUUGGUACCUGGAGCGAGUGGAUGAGUUACAUCGCCGAAAGUAUGCCCGACGUCCCUUCUAAAGAUGAUUCAUUGAGUGGUUCCCUGCAAAAGUAGGCUAACAGAGAUGCUACCCACAAAUUGUACUCAUGGUUGGUAAGUGGAUUGGGUGCAGUAGCCCCGUAAGCGCUGACCCUGUGGAGUAAGGGGCCAUCCUUAGAGGGAUCUUCACGUCUUUUCCUGCUGACGUCACUGAUAUUGUGGACCAAGGGCUCUUUGUGAAGGAGUGAGAGAGAAGGAGGAAUGGAGAGAAGACUGAUUCUGGAAUCACUGACCUCCAGAAAUGCAGCAGACAGGUGUUUCCUUCAAGAUCCAGAUAACUUCCCUAUCAUUUGUUAUAGCUUUAUUGUUAUUAUUAUUAUCAGAUUUCUGUGCUGUUAUAGCUUUGUUCCUAUCUUAAGGUUUUCUGUGACUUUUAAAAAUUUUAUAUCUGGUACUAAGCUAAUACACUGCAUUAAAGAGAGAAGGAAAUAA